GCCUUCCGCUUCCCGUUCUGGGAAGACCAUCCCAAGUUCUUCCGGACCGGAACCGGAAGCCGCCUGGAACCUGAGCGGGAUGCUGAGAAGGACCGGAAUUGGGUGUCAGGGCCGACUGUAAGGCUUCCGGAAGCGGAAGUGUUGCUCUGCCGCCCGGUCUUAGUCCCUCGCCAGGGGCUCCUGACCCAAAGUCACUCCCGUUCUCCCUAACGUGCCCGGAGCCCGGAGUUGGCGGCGGCGGCGCCUACGAUCCGGACGUCAAAGGUCGAGGAAGCGGCGGUAGCGGCGGUAGCGGCUCGCAGGCGCGAGCCGCGGAUUGGCUGUAAGGGGCCCUCGAGUCCGCGGGAGGUCGAGGGACGCCACGGUGCUGUUUCCAUGGGAACUAGGAGACGCCCGAGCUGCGCCUGCGCGUCGGCAGGGCACGCGGGAGUCGGGCAGCGACAGUCGCUGUUGCAGUUGUAAGGAGCGUCCGGAGAGGAGGCUUGGCGCGUCCUCAAGACACACACAAAGGAGUAAAUAAGUGCAUAAGUCCACGGGGCGGAGGGGAGUUCUCCGGGGCCAAACCACUUUUAUUGCCCUACCCCCAAGCGGAGAGGCCGUGAAGUCCGGGAGCGUGUGCGGACUGCGUGGUCCAGAUGCCCGUUCUGCACAAAUGCGGGCUCUCACCUGCGCCUUACGCGCGUGUGGAGACCAAGAGUGGCAUUGGCGUGGUUCCCGAUCCCUGCGGUCAAGGUGAAGACGGGUCGAGCCCAUAGCGGCAUCACAUGGCGAACAAAAGAGUCGACGGGGACAUCAUCAAGUUUGCAAGCCGCCAAGCCUAUGCCUCUGCGGACGGGCAGCAGGGCCAGGACAGGCAUCUGAGCCCUUCGGUGGCCGGACUCUGUGAAGAUGGAGGUGGCUCUGGCCAGGCUGAGGCUCCUGCUGGGGCCUGCAGUGUCCCAGCCGGCGUCGGCGGCGGAGGCGUUGGCGGCGGCCCCAGUGAAGGCACGCGGUCCAGGAAAGCCUCGGAGAACCGGAGACGGGCUCCCGCCCGAGGCUGCGGCGUUGGCGGCGUUGGCGAUCCUCCGUGCCGGCGCGCGCGGGUGGAGGCCGGCGUGCAGCAGGGCGCCUGCAGCGGCGGCGGCGGCGACCCGGGGCGCACGGCCCGCGGGACGGCGGUGCCGGGGUGCGCACAGCGCGGCCUUGCCUGCUCCAGCCCCGACUCCCUGGACAGACCCGCGGCGGGCCAGCAGGCCGGGGAGCGCCACGUGUGCGGCACGUGCGGGAAGGCCUUCCGCUUCCGGUCGUACCUGGCGCGGCACGCGAGGACGCACGCGGCCGAGCUGCCCUUCCGGUGUCAGGAGUGCGGGAAGGCCUUCAGGUCGGCCUCCCACUCCCGAGAGCACGCGAGGACGCACAGCGGGCAGGGCCCGCGCCGCUGCCCCGACUGCGGGAAGGCCUUCGCCUGCCAGACCUCCCUGCGCGACCACCGGCGGACGCACACGGGAGAGCAGCCGCACGCGUGCGCGCGCUGUGGCCGAGCCUUCGCCUGCUACUCCUCGCUCCGGGAACACGGCCGCUCGCACAGCCAGGAGAAGCCCUACGCGUGCGAGGAGUGUGGCGGCGCCUUCCGCUACCCCGCCUCGCUGCGGGCGCACCUGAGGAGGCACGCGGGGCUGGAGGCCGCCCUGUGCGAGCAGUGCGGCAAAACCUUCCGCGGCCGCGCCUACCUCCGCGCGCACCUCCGGACGCACGCCGGCGCCGGCGGCGCGGGGAAGCCGCACGCGUGCGCGCAGUGCGGCAGGGCCUUCCGCUUCCUGGCGUCGCUCCGCGCCCACGCGCAGACGCACUCCGGGGAGAAGCCCUACGCGUGCCCGCAGUGUGGCAAAGCCCUGGCUUCCCGGGCCUCCCUCCGCGAGCACGUCCGCACCCACGGCCGAGAGAAGCCGUACGCGUGCGGGCUGUGCGCCAAGGCCUUCAGUCACUCCCAGUACUUCCGCAAGCACCUGAGGGCGCACGAGGCGGGCAGGCCCCACCCGUGCGGCAGGUGUGGGAAGGCCUACCGCUCCGCCGCCGCCCUGCGCGCACACCUGAGGACACACACCGGGGAAAGGCCCUACGACUGCAAGCAGUGUGGGAAGGCCUUCAUGUCGCACCCAGCCCUCCUCGGGCACGUGAAAAUUCACGCGAGACAGAAGACCUAAGAGGCCUCCCCGCUGGAGAGUGGCCCCGGGAUGGGGUCCCGGGCUCAGCCCACACGGACAGAACACCAC